UGUUUUUGUAACCAGCAAACACUUCCGUCUUCGUGCUGCGUGGCGCCAGCUUCACGCGGAUCUCUUUGUAUGUAGUGUGGUGGUCUCAAGGCGCGGUGGCACGGAGCAGAACACUGAAGACGCACAAAGUCCCAGCCAGGACAAACAGAUCGGGUCCGAACACAACCGCUGCGUUUGGAUCCAGUACCAGUACUAACUCCAGACGGGGCAGAAGAGGGUGGCGAACCGGUGUUUUGUUAUUAAUUUUACCAAUAAUUAAUUAUUUUUUUUACGCGAACCGCCCUCUACUUACGCAGAAGGCAGAAGUGCGUUCACCGGGAAGUUUGCUACUCACAACGGCUGCCAGCGGAGCAUGAGAUCCACGGUGGAGAGGAGCAGACAGCAUCCACCUCAAAGUUGAGCUCCAACUCUUAUUCUUCUGAUUUAAACCGGCUUCUAUGUCUCACUCUCAGAAGAUUACCUUAGAGUGAUUCUUUUAAAAAAGGGGGGGGAAUUUAAUAUUUAAGGAAACUAUCUGGGCGAUCGCGAUCAUAUAAUUAAAAAAAAGAAAAGACGGAGCAGAAGAGUUGAGCUGGCUGAAGUGGAUGUUCCCAACGUGAUGGAUGUGUCAGUUUAUCCGCCUCCCCCUCAACCUCUGGCCGUGUUAAACCACAGCAGACUCGGCCAACUCUCCUACCCUGACCCGGCCUUUGGUUCCAACAAGGUGGGUGGAGACGCCAUGUUCCUGGGUGUGCCAGAAGCAGGCCUGGACUACCCCUCCACCAAUCAGUUUCGUGCCCCACAGCCACCAAACCCCCUCAGUAAAGUGUCGCCCCAAAACCAGCCCUCACAGCAGCACUGGAGGAGGGAACAACACAUGUCUGAUACACACCGUCUACCAUGGUCCUACUCUGUAAAUGGUCUGGGCGACGAGGACUUCAACAUCCCACCCAUCACCCCUCCAACUCUGCCGGACCACAUGCCCCCCCACCUGCCACAUGACUCCAACUCCGGCCAGUUCCACCCUCUGGACCCCCGCCCCGGCUCAGGUUCCCAUCACCUGUACCAGCUGCAGGGCAUGGAACUGUCCGGGAUGACCCGCGGUCGAGAUGGAGCCGUACUGAACCAAGAUGGCCGAACCUUCAGUCCUGACGGCGGCCCGAUGACCAGCACGUUAUCAGUGAUGCAGCAGAUGGUGAACUCCGACUCCCGCUUCACCGCCAGCCAACAGCCAAUCGAAGCGGCUCUUGGGCCGAGGACCCAGUCAAACAUGAGUCAGCAGAGUCAGCUGUCCACCAUCAACCAAUCACAGUUGGGGCUAGGAGCUAACUCUGCUACCCACAAUUCUCCUUCACCUUCGGAGAGCAAAUCUGCCACACCGUCUCCCUCCAGUUCUGUACAUGAGGAUGACCAUGAUGAUGGUCUCAGGCAUGGGAUUGGAGCAGAAAAGCGGCCGGCGACGGUGGACAUCGCCAAGAAACUGAAAACACCAAAGAAGAAGAAACGAAAAGACCCCAACGAACCAGUGAAACCGGUGUCGGCCUAUGCCUUGUUCUUCAGGGACACACAGGCCAACAUUAAGGCCCAGAACCCCAACGCCACCUUUGGGGAAGUGUCAAAGAUAGUGGCCUCCAUGUGGGACGGCCUGGGGGAGGAACAGAAACAGGUGUACAAGAAGAAGACUGAGACGGCCAAGAAGGAGUAUCUGAAACAACUGGCUGCCUACAGAGCCAGCCUGGUCUCACAGAGCUACAACGACCCCUCAGACGUAACGCUGCCCCACUCCUCCUCCUCUUCCUCCUCCACCUCCUCCUCUACCUCAAUGUACACACCCAAGCCCUCAGUUUACCCUGGUCACCCAGGCCAACACCCCUCCACCCCCUCAAUGGCCCACUCCCACCCUCUGCCCCCACACCAGCACCCUGGCAUGUACAUGUCAUACCCUCACCCAUCCCACUCCUCCCAUGCCUCCAGCCCGGGCCUCGGCCCCCACCUGUCCCCCCCCCACACUCAGAUGCACCACCAACUCCAGGGUCUGUCCUCCAGGGGCGCCAUGCCGCAGCCCGGUGUCCAGCACCAGGGAGCGCUGUCCCUGGGCAGCGUUGUGGCGUCGUCCACCCCUCCUCUUCAGGUCACCCCUCCCCUCCAUAACCAGGGACACCUGGGUGGAUUACACAGUCCACACCACCAGCACCAGCACCAGCACCAGCAGCUCAGUGGACAUUCAAUGGGAAUGACACACUCACCUGCCAUCACACAGGGCUACCUUCCACCCCUCCAGUCUGACUACCAACGAAUAGGAGGAGGGAUGCUGAACAAUGGAGCGGUGAUGUCACCUUCACUGGACUACCACCACCAGCUGGGUCGACACACACCCAGCCACCCCCCCCCUCUGGACUGGAGCACAGAUUAUCACAGCAGUCGGACUGCGCAGAGAGACAAGCCUCUGUAUCUGAGCUAAUCUCCAGACCUCCGACCUUCAGCGAGCCCCUUGAACGGCCACACCAGCCUCAGCCCUACAUGACCACAGACCAGCUUUGUCUCAGCUCCACCCAGGAGGGACUCCAGUCGUCACCAACCCUGAGUUGAUCGUUAACAGACAGACAAAGCUGAACGAAGGCACAUAUCAGGGCAUUAGCGCAGGGCGAUGUGACGGACAGGUU